AUGGAGGACGGCAUCCUACGAGAGGCAGUCGUGGACUCCUUCAUGGAGGUCACGGCCUGCGAGUCACGGGCGAUCGCCGAGCGUCACCUUGCUUUCAGUGGCUGGCAACUGGAGGCCGCCAUCAACCGCUACUUCACCACCGGCGGCGCCGACCCCGCGCCCGAUCCCCCCGUCGCCGCCCGCUCCGAAACGAUGCACGACGACAUGGUGCGCGAUCCCAUCACCGCCCGCUCCGCCACCCUGUACGGCAACGCCAACAACUUGUACGCUGCCGGUUCCAGCACCGCCCGCGCCGCGACGUCCAUAUGGAGCGCCGACAGGGUUCGGCCAUCUCCCUGGUCUGUCCAGCGUCCGGCGCCGAUGGAAUAUGCAUCUAUGCCUGACAUACCCGCGACCGGGUGGGAAUCUGACGGUGACACCGCUCCCGUCGCUGCCCGCUCUGAAACGAUGCCCGACGGCAGGGUGCGCGAUCCCAUCCCCGCCACGCUGUACGGCAACGGCAACUUCUACGCUGACAGGGCGCCGCCGUCUCCAUGGUCUGUCGAUCGUCCGGCGCCGAUGGAAUAUACAUUUAUGCCUGACAUGACCGCGACCGGGUGGGGAUCUGAUGGUGACACCGGCUCAAAGGAAACCGAAGAAAUCAACAUGAGCGACCAUGACGAACGAAACAAGGUGGCCGAAGAAGAAGAUAACAGGAAAGAGGGCAAUGAGGCGAUGGAAGAAGACGACGGGUACGGUGACAUGCAGGCGGAGGACGAGUACCACGGCACGGAGUCGGAGUACUACAGCGACGACGGCGCCUACUUGGAGGCGGCGGAAACUGACAGCAACGACGGCCGCAUGGAGGCACUGGAGGGGCAACCGGGCCAGACCAACAAGACGCUGGAAGAGCUGUUCCGGCCUCCGUACGAGAUCAUGUUCGGUGGAAGCUUCCACGACGCCAAAGCACACGCGGCGAGCAACGUCCGGUGGCUGCUGGUGAACCUACAGUCAAGCGGCGACUUCAAGUCGCAGCAACACAACCGGGACCUGUGGUCGAACGAGGUGGUCGUCCAGGUGAUCAAGGACAACUUCAUCUUCUUGCUUCUGGAGAAGAGGGGGGCGGAAAGCGACGAGGGGCUCAAGGUGUGCUGCUACUACAAUGUCCAUCAUGAUCAGCUUCCAGCCGUGCUCGUCCUCGACCCUGUCACGGGGCAGUUGCUCGAUAAGUGGUGCGGCCUUGUCCAGCAGCCCGACGAUUUCCUGACAAGCAUUGGCAAGUUCACUGAGUCGAAGCCCAGCUUGACGUCCAAACCCAAGAUAGUCCGAAGAACGGCAACGCUCGAAAGCGGUGAAACCCCUGCUGCACAAGAACCUGCAACCGCAAUGCCUAACACCGCUGCCUCUGAUGCACAACCUGCUCCGGCGUCCAAGGUUGACGAGAUCGAGGCGGCUCCGGCGCCCAAGGUUGAGGAGAUAGAGGCACCUGCGGUGGACGACGGGCAGCCUAUGGAAGGAGAGACGGUCUGCAAGCUGAGGAUACGGUUCCCUGCUGGUAACAUGGUCACCAAGGAGUUUGGCAGUACGCGGAAAACCGCGGUGCUCUUUGCAUACUGCAGAUCAGUUGUACUUGAACAGACAGGGACGGAGCAGGCCUUCCGGAUCAUGAGGCUGGCUGCACAGAGCUUUGAGGAGCUGCUCGACGUUGGUGCCUCGUUUGAUGAUUUGAAGCUUGACCGCGAUACCAUCUCUGUCGUGCUAGAUACUUGA